UCACUGCCGCACCUGCGCAGCCAUCUUGUACUUCGAGCGAGGGGCAGAUCGGAAGGAAGGAAGAAAGCAGAACAAAAUAACAGUGUUUUGCGUUAUAUGGUCAGUAAUGUCCGUCAAGUGACUGAAUCAAACGAGAAGACAGUGUUGAGGUGUGAUUGGAGGGGGUAAAUCAGAGAAAGCGGCCCCCAGUUUCUCGGUAUUCCAGACGUACAAGUCAUCCUCUUCAUCAUUAUCGCGUCUGCUCGCAGAGAAAAGAGUCCGAUCUCCUGCUGAACACAACGACAACGACACAAACACACCAUGAAUCCAGAAUACGACUACCUGUUCAAACUGCUCCUCAUCGGCGACUCUGGAGUUGGAAAGUCGUGUCUUCUGUUGAGAUUUGCUGAUGACACAUACACCGAGAGCUACAUCAGCACCAUAGGCGUGGACUUCAAGAUCCGCACGAUUGAACUUGAUGGCAAAACCAUUAAGCUACAGAUUUGGGACACUGCAGGGCAAGAACGAUUUCGAACCAUCACCUCCAGUUACUAUCGAGGGGCUCACGGUAUCAUUGUGGUUUAUGAUGUCACGGAUCAGGAAUCGUAUAACAAUGUGAAACAGUGGCUACAGGAAAUAGACCGCUAUGCAAGCGAGAAUGUCAACAAGCUUCUGGUGGGGAACAAAUGUGAUCUCACCACCAAGAAAGUAGUGGACUACACAACAGCCAAGGAAUUUGCCGACUCUUUAGCAAUCCCCUUCCUUGAGACGAGCGCUAAGAAUGCCACAAAUGUGGAGCAGGCCUUCAUGACUAUGGCUGCCGAGAUCAAGAAGCGCAUGGGCCCUGGAGCCACAACUGGAGGAGACAAGCCCAACCUGAAGAUCGAGAGCACUCCUGUGCGGCAGUCUGGCGGCGGCUGCUGUUGAAGAGCCUGAACACACACACACACACAUGCACACAAAA